ACCGUUCCGCCGUGCGGGCCGCCAACACAAGGACGCGACGACAAGGGUGGGGGGAUAAGCGGAGAGAGAGAGAAAAAGGAAAAACUGUCUCGUCGUCUCGAACCUUCUCGCCUCCCUCACCGCCCUAACCCUUCCUCUUCUCCUCCGCCGCCGCCACCGCCGCUCCGCCCCCUCCGUCCCUUCGCCGCUACCGAUCUCCCCCGCCCGCCCGCGGAGAUGGACGACAGCUGCGCGGUGUGCGCGGACGCGCUGGAGUGGGUGGCCUACGGGGCCUGCGGCCACCGCGAGGUUUGCUCGACCUGCGUCGUUCGCCUCCGCUUCGUGAUGGGCGACAAGCACUGCUGCAUCUGCAAGACCGAGUGCUCCUCCGUAUUCGUCACCAAGGCUAUGGGCGAUUACACAAAAGUGAUAAAUGAUUUCAAUAUUUUCCCCCCUGUGGCAACUGAGGGAAAGGUGGGGGAGUACUGGUACCAUGAGGAUAGCCAGGCAUUUUUUGACGAUGCUGAGCACUACAAGAUGAUACGAGCAAUGUGUCGGCUUUCUUGUAGUGUGUGUGACAAAGCUGAAGAUCAGGCUGGCCAGGCAGCACAAGUAAGGCGCAAAAGCAAGUUCAGGAGCAUUGAACAGCUGAAGGGACAUUUGUUCCAUCAACAUAGGUUAUACAUGUGCAGUCUUUGCUUGGAGGGGAGAAAGGUGUUCAUUUGUGAACAGAAGCUUUAUACAAGGACACAGUUAAAUCAGCAUGUAAAAACUGGUGACUCUGAGGUGGAUGGCUCUGAGGUUGAGCGCAGUGGUUUUGCAGGACAUCCUAUGUGCGAGUUCUGCAGAAGUUCAUUUUAUGGAGAUAACGAGCUUUACACACAUAUGUCCCGAGAACACUAUUCAUGUCACAUAUGUCAAAGGCAACAUCCUGGGCAGUAUGAUUAUUUCCGGAAUUAUGAUGACUUGGAGUUGCAUUUCCGUAAAGAUCAUUUCCUCUGUGAAGAUGAAGCAUGUUUGGCGAAGAAGUUUGUAGUCUUCCAGAGCGAAGCAGAGCUCAAGAGACAUAAUGCUAUGGAGCAUGGUGGGCGGAUGUCUCGUGCUCAGAGGAAUGCCGCACUUCAGAUACCAACCAGCUUUAUAUAUCGAAGAAACGAGCAAGAUGAAAGGCGUGGUAGAGGUAGGGGACGGAAUUCUCACCGUGAUGGAUCUGACCGGGAUACCCCCUCUAUGCAAAAUGGCAGUGCAAUUAUAGGCAACGGUUUUCCAAGUCGAGUUGAUAAUGUUACAGGGUCUGUGAGUGUCAGUUCUAGUUCUGGGCGAGGAGAAUCUGGCCAAAGCUCAGGCAAUGGACGUGUGUUUGAACACUUGUCCUUUCCUCCUCUUCAAGACCAGGAUAUUCCUGAUGCAAGGAUGGACUCUGCUCCUGAUGAAACCUCAUUCCCUUCCCUCUCAGAGCAGCAAACCAGAUAUGCUCAUGCUCUUAGUCAGAGUUCCCUUGCUGCCAAGCUUGGGGAUGAGUUAUUAUUCCCUCCACUACCUGGGUCAAGUAGCAACAGGGGUUCUACUUCAACUCAACAGGGGCUACAAAGUCUAGCGAAGAACACACUUGCAUCAAGGCUUCAGCAGCGUAGCAAGGGCAGUGUGAAAGUACUUCAUUCUGCCCGGCCUCGCCCAUCUGAAAAUCCUGAAUCAGUCCCUCCUGUUUCUAGUUCCCCACAGAUGUGGCCUACACCUGAUCAGGGGCUGCUUCAUUCUAGUUCUUCCCAGCUUCGAAUUGUAAGAGAAAAUGGGAUUAUGUCAUCUGCCGACUCGGCAUGGAAUCCUGGAGGUGGAGCUUCAAACAGGAUGAAGCACUCUGUUUCUACUCCUAAUCUUAUGUCUGGUGGGUCCUCUGUUCAGGCACUAAGUACAUCUAACGGUGGCAAUAAAAAACAACAGCCACCACAAAGCAGCCAAACAUUGCCUGCUGCUGAUGAUGUUCGUGCUGCCAAUAAGACCCUGGUUGAAAGAAUGCGCAGUGCUUUAGGCAUGGAUGAAGAUAGGUACUCUGCAUUUAAAGAAAUCGCUGGUGAAUACCGUCAAGGCAUCAUUGGUACUUCAGAAUAUCUUUCAUAUGUUGAGCAAUUUGGUCUGUCACACCUUGUGCCUGAAAUGGCUAGGCUGUUACCUGAUCCUCAGAAGCAGAAAGAACUUGCUGAUGCCUAUCACACCAAUAUACGCUUCAGAAGCCUCCAAGAGAACAGUGAUGGUUUAACCAUUACCUCAAAGGAGGGUGGCCGCAAGAAAAAGGGCAAGGGAAAAUCUCAUGAUGUUACAGAAACUAGUGCUGCUCCUGCUAAGGAUAUGAAGGAUUCACUAGCAGAUAGCUUCCUGGACACUGUAAGGAAGCUUCAGUUAAACAAGACUCAGGAAGGAGAGGCUGAGGUGCUGUCAAGGGAUGGGUAUCGAUCUUCCAAGGGAAAGGCCCAACUAAUAACUGGAGGUUCAUCAUCUAGUACACCAUGUCUAGAUGGUGAUCAUGGUGCCAUUUCAAUGGCUUCUUGUGCCAAAGAUGAUGUAGGCAAGGGAGGAGGUAGCAGCAACAGCAACAUCAACAAACAAUCAAAGAAGACAUCAAAGUUUCUCAGAGCCCGAUUAGGUGAUAACUCCUUAGCUACACUUGAUUUGAGUCGUCCUACCAUGAGCCCUGAACGACCAGAAAGGGAAUCGCAAGGCCCACAGGUAGGGUUGCCUAUGCGAGGUGUUUGGAAAAAUGGAGGGGGCCAGAAGCUCUUUACGGGCAAUGGAAGGAAGUAAAAUCAUUUUGCAGAUGCAGUUUGACUUUUGAAACGAGCUGGUCAAUGGUACAAGCAGAUUCUGUUGCCAAGUGUGCAUAUUUUGUGAUCAGUUGGUUAGCUGGUCGUGGGAGAGCUUUAUUGCUCCUUUGAAGAUCAUCGCCUUUGAAUUACACCUCACUUUCUUGUUUUCUUUGCCAAAACAUCAACUGAGGCUGAAACUUGAAACAGUAAUGGCGUGAUAUUACGUUACUGGCCAGUUAGUGGAAUCCAUUGGUAGAUGGUAUUUUACAUGAGCUCUGCCAAAUAUUAUAGUUACUUUAUCACUUUGUUUGUGCUGGAUUGCAGUCAAAGACAUGUAUUUAGUGUGUCUGUGAUCAGGCCGACCCUAACUGAAUUCGUGAAAGUUGAAAUCUCAAUGUUCUUCGUGUUAUUUAAACGGAAUUGCUAGAAAACUCUUUCGUAA